AUGAAUAUUAAUGAAAAGGAUAAAUUAGUUGAACAGAAUUUAGAGACUCUAGAUGUAACAAAAUUAACACCCCUGAGUGAAGAUGUAAUUAGCAGACAAGCCACCAUAAAUCUUGGUACAAUAGGACAUGUGGCGCAUGGAAAAUCAACACUUGUUCAUGCUAUUUCAGGGGUCCACACUGUUAGGUUUAAACAUGAAAAAGAAAGAAAUAUUACUAUAAAAUUGGGGUAUGCAAAUGCUAAAAUUUAUAAAUGUACGAACCCAGAUUGUUUACCACCAGAAUGUUAUAAAUCUUAUGAAAGUAGCAAAGAAGAUGAUCCAAUAUGCCCACGCGAAAACUGUCAACAUAAAAUGAAAUUAUUAAGACACGUAUCUUUUGUUGAUUGUCCAGGACAUGAUAUUUUAAUGGCAACUAUGUUAAAUGGUGCAGCAGUUAUGGAUGCAGCCCUUUUACUGGUUGCCGGAAAUGAAUCAUGUCCACAGCCACAAACAUCUGAACAUUUAGCUGCGGUUGAAAUUAUGAGAUUAAAACAUAUUUUAAUUUUACAAAAUAAAGUAGAACUAAUUAAAGAAGAACAAGCAUUAAAGCAACAAGAAGAAAUUAGAAAUUUCGUUUCAGGAACGGCCGCUGAUAGUGCACCUAUUAUUCCUAUUAGUGCAGUUUUGAAAUAUAAUAUUGAUGUUGUGUGUGAAUAUAUAGUCACACAAAUAAGUAUACCAAAAAGAGAUUUUAUAUCUUCUCCACAUAUGAUUGUUAUUCGAUCCUUUGAUGUUAAUAAACCAGGAGAAGAUAUUGAAACUUUACAAGGAGGAGUUGCUGGUGGUAGUAUUCUACAUGGUGUUUUAAAAGUAGGGGAUAAAAUUGAAAUUAGACCUGGAAUUAUUUCAAAAGAUGAGAAAGGAGAAAUUACAUGCAGACCUAUCAUAUCACAAAUAUUAUCCAUGUUUGCAGAGAAUAAUAAUUUAAAAUAUGCUGUACCUGGUGGGUUAAUAGGGGUUGGUACACGAAUUGAUCCCAUUUUAACAAGAGCAGAUCGAUUAGUUGGACAGGUAAUUGGGCAUUUAAACAAACUUCCAGACUGUUUCGCUGAAAUUGAAAUUUCUUACUACUUGUUAAGAAGAUUGUUAGGUGUUAAAUCACAAGAUGGAGAAAAAAACACUAAAGUAGCUAAAUUAAAAAACGGAGAAUUCUUAAUGAUUAAUAUUGGAUCGACGUCUAUUGGAUGCAGAGUUACGGGUAUUAAAUCUGAGCUAGCCAAAUUGGAAUUAACUGGACCUGUGUGCACAAAAAUUGGAGAUAAAAUAGCUCUAAGUAGGAGAGUGGACAAGCAUUGGCGAUUGAUUGGAUGGGGGCAAAUUAACAAAGGGAAGCCCCUCGAGUUGCAGGAGCCAAUUUAA